AUUGCGGUGCUGAGAGAGCCCGCCCCGCCCCUCGGCGGGUGCCUCUCCUUUUCGCUUGGGUCUAUGGAGGAAAAACUCUGCGCGGAAUACAUGGCCGCAGCCGCCUGCAGUACCAAGGCCAUGUCCCUCUUCAAGCGGACCUUAGUGCUGAGUCCCGGCGCCGCGCCCAGAGGUGCGGGCACCCCCCCGCGCGGCUGUUCCUUUACCCCAGCCGCCUGGCCCUCCAAGGACCGGCCGCGGGGAGAGGGCGUCUGCUGCAGGCUGCGGAGUCCCGUGGCAGCCAGCCGCUCGCCCCAGUCCCACUCCAGUUCCUCUGCAUCUCCGACAGCCGUGUGUGUCCUCUGCCCGCAGGACUCGCUCAGCAGCAGUUUGAAAACUUGCUACAAGUAUCUGAAUCAGACCAGUCGCAGUUUCGCAGCCGUUAUCCAGGCCCUGGAUGGGGAAAUGCGCCAUGCAGUGUGCAUAUUUUAUCUGGUUCUCCGAGCUCUGGACACUCUGGAAGAUGACAUGACCAUCAGUAUAGAGAAGAAGAUCCCCCUGUUACACAACUUCCACUUGCACCUUUAUGAGUCUGACUGGCGGUUCACUGAGAGCAAAGAGAAGGACCGACAAGUCCUGGAGGACUUUCCAACGAUUGCCCUCGAGUUUAGAAAUCUGGCUGAGAAAUAUCAAGUGGUGAUAGUUGACGUUUGCCGGAAGAUGGGAUUCGGGAUGGCGGAGUUUUUGAAUAAGCACGUGACGUCAGAACGGGAGUGGGACAAGUACUGUCACUAUGUUGCUGGGCUGGUGGGAAUUGGCCUUUCCCGUCUAUUCUCGGCCUCAGAGUUAGAAGAUCCCUUGGUGGGUGAAGACACAGAGCGUGCCAACUCCAUGGGCCUGUUCCUGCAGAAAACAAACAUCAUCCGUGAUUAUCUGGAAGACCAGCAAGAAGGAAGAGAGUUUUGGCCUCAAGAGGUUUGGAGCAAGUAUGUUAAGAAGUUGGGUGACUUUGCAAAGCCAGAGAACGUGGACUUGGCCGUGCAGUGCCUGAACGAGCUAGUCACCAAUACACUGCACCACAUCCCCGACGUCAUCACGUACCUUUCACGACUUAGAAACCAGAGCAUAUUUAACUUCUGUGCUAUCCCACAGGUCAUGGCCAUUGCUACUUUGGCUGCCUGUUAUAAUAAUCAGCAGGUGUUCAAAGGGGUGGUGAAGAUUCGAAAAGGGCAAGCAGUCACCCUGAUGAUGGAUGCCACCAACAUGCCAGCUGUCAAAGCCAUAAUACACCAGUACAUGGAAGAGAUUUAUCACAGAAUCCCCGACUCGGACCCUUAUUCGGCCAAAACAAGGCAGAUCAUCUCCACCAUCAGGACACAGAAUCUUCCCAAUUGUCAGCUGAUCUCCCGAAGCCACUACUCACCCAUUUACCUGUCAUUCGUCAUGCUGCUGGCGGCCCUGAGCUGGCAGUACCUGAGCACCCUGUCGCAGGUCACAGAGGACUACGUUCAGACCGGGGAGCACUGACCGGGGGCUGGGGACUGAGGGCGCCAGGACCACCGACCUCUUCAGGGAUGGAUGUGGGCGUCCACCCUCCUAACUCCUGCAACAACUCAUGGGCCUGGCCCUGUAGAAGCUGUGCUGUGGGAUUAAGAAGAAGAUUCAAGGGAAAGGACCCUUUGGCUCUGGCUGUGUGGGGGCUGCAGGUCGGAGAGUGGCUGCCUCUGGAACUCUGGGGAGAUGGCUCUUAGUGUGAACACAGCUGGAAUUAUAAUUAAAUGUAUUUAAUUUGAAGCAUCUUUUGAAUGCCUAUCCUAGUAGAAUGCAAAGUAGAUUUUCUUCCUUGUUGGGGUCCUGUUUUUCUCAUCAUUUUGUUUCCUCCAGUGGACUUGAAUGUGGUAGACUGGAAUGUGGAAAGUUCCAGGAAAUAUCCCCAUGUUUGCUAAGAAGGCAGACUGCUUUCUGCACACGGGGGCUAGGAAGUCCCAGCUGGGAGGUGGUGGCAUCGUUUCCUCGUGUAAAGAAAAGGAGCUUAGGUUUCAGAAGAAAAUGGCAGGAUUGCCUUUGGCCCCAUCGUUUUUGAGAUUUUUGUAAUAAAGGAUUGAAUUACUCA